AAAAAAAAAAACAACACCAAAACGCUAGUAACUCGGCCCAUUUGUAACCUGCUUUUGCACAAAGGGCUCCACUCUUAUCUCCAAGUUUUCGAAUUCCUCCCCAAAUUCCAUCUCGUCUAAACUUUACGAGGCACAUUUUCUCCGCUGUACGGAAUAGUAAAAGCUAUAAAGAUGUCUGCUCCCUGCCAACUGGCUUACGGCGCGGCCAUUUUUAUUGCCAGCCAAGUACAAUCGUUGUGGUAAUCAAAAUAAUUCUGGCUACCAAGCGCAGAUGGCUUCAUGAAGGGCUACUGCGCAUGAGCAAGUAUAAUGCGUGACAGUAACCAAGGCGGGGUGAAGGACGAAAAAGUGGCUAUCAGAGAAGUUAUGACUGAUUUUGGAAACAUCAAGGAGACUUUGCCAAAACAAAAAUUCGGAUUUUAAAAUCAGAGCACUGGGUGAAGGAGGGCAGAGUUCGCUGAGAGCGGAAGUGAGGGGCUGGUACUCUGCAGGCGGAGUGACACGGGCGAGUGUGGACUCUAAAGACGUGAAUCUACUCACUAUAGCGUGGCCAUUUUACCAGCUGGCAUUUGUGGAUUUCUGGCCUGGUGAUUUGGUGAACUUUCAAUCUGGGUAUUCCUUGCCAUCCGCAGCUCUCCUCUUUUCUCCUCCUCCCUAUCAACAGCUCUGCCUUUUUAGGCCUUUGCCUUCUCUCCACAACAGUCAGACAUGACUAAGUUCCGGGGAUCAGUGUCAUUCGAGGAUGUGGCUGUGGACUUCACCCAGGAGGAAUGGAAUCGACUGGACCCUACUCAGAGGAUCCUAUACAGAGAUGUGAUGCUAGAGAAUUAUAGCCAUCUUGUCUCUCUGGGGUAUCCUAUUACCAAGCCAGAUGUGAUUGCCUCUUUGGAGAAGGGAGUCCUUGGGAUCAUAAAGAGAGAAAUCCCUAGUUCAAGUUGUUCAGAAGAUGGGCAAGCUGAAGACCAGCUAGAGAGGCACCAGGAAAACCAAAACAGAUACCUGAAGCAAGCCAUACCUACUGAUGAGAAAUAUGUGGCUAAGGAAGGAGAUCGGGAACGUGAUGGAUCUGUAAACGCACUUCCUCAGAGCACAUGGGUAGUUUCUUCAGGACAUACAUGCUAUAUAAAUGACUCAUAUGGUAAAACUUUUAAGGAUAACCUGGGCCUAUUCAGUCCUAAUAGUCUCAGCUUUGCAGCUCAGCAAUGUUAUGAAUGUAAUGGAUGUGGAAACUUAUUACUUCAUGGCAGGCAUGACAUAAAUAAUGGAAUGAAACCCAAUAACUAUAAUAUAUAUGAGACAGAUCAUAGUCAUGACUUUGUUCAGCAUGAUAUGACUCAGGCUGGCGAGAAAACCUAUGAAUGUCCUGAGUGCAGACUAACUCUCAGCACAAAUUCACUCCUUAUUGUUCAUCAGAUCACUCACAUAGGAGAAAAACCUUAUGAAUGUACAGAAUUCAGAGACACAUUUGACAAGACUGCACACCUCAGUAUACACCAGACCGUGCACCGAGGAGACAAACACUUUGCAUGUAAUGAAUGUGGCAAAUCAUUCAGAGAGGAAUCCACACUGCAUAUACAUCAAAGAACUCAUACAGGUGAAAAACCAUAUGUGUGUGCUGAGUGUGGCAAAGCCUUCCAGGAAAAGACAAAGCUAAUUAUACACCGGAGAACUCACAAAGGAGAGAAGCCCUAUAAAUGUUCGGAUUGUGAGAAAACCUUCAACCAGAAGGCACACCUCAGUGUACAUCAGAGAACACACACAGGGGAGAAACCUUUUGAAUGCAGUGAUUGUGGCAAAUACUUCAGAGAAAAAUCAACCCUGAAUAUACAUCAGAGAACUCAUACGGGAGAGAAACCGUAUUUGUGCAAUGAGUGUGGCAAAGCCUUCCGAGAGAAGACAAAGCUCAUCAUACACCAGAGAACACACACAGGAGAGAAACCCUAUGAGUGCUCAGAGUGCGGGAGGGCCUUCAACCAAAAGGCACACCUCAGCGUACACCAGAGAACACACACAGGGGAGAAGCCUUUUGAGUGCAAUGAAUGUGGAAAAGCUUUCAGAGAGAAAUCGACACUGCGCAGACAUCAAAGAAUUCAUACAGGAGAGAAACCUUAUGUAUGUCCAGACUGUGGAAGAGCCUUCACCCUGAAGCUGAGCCUCAGUGCUCAUCAGAAAAUUCAUACGGGAGAAAAAACAGAUGGAUGUACUGUAUGUGGAAAAGUCUUUUCCCGGAAGUCAUAUCUCAUGCUACAUCAGAGAUCUCACACAGGAGAAAAAUUUGAGAAAUCCUAUGAAUGCAAUGAAUGUGAUAAAGCAUUCUUCCAGAAAUCAUAUCUCAUUAUUCAUCAGAGAGUUCACACAGGAGAGAAACCCUAUGAGUGUAAUGUAUGUGAAAAAGCUUUCUCCCAAAAGUCAUAUCUCAUUAUACAUCAAAGAACUCACACAGGAGAGAAGCCCUACAAAUGUGAUCAGUGUAGCAGAGCCUUCAGAGAGAAGUCCAAACUCACUGUACACCAGCGAAUUCACAUAGAGAAGCCCUAUGACUGCUCGGAAUAUGAGAGAAACCUUCCAGAGGUCAUAGCUCGUCAUGGGUUCAACAACUCAGAGGGAAGAGAAAUCAAGGAACUGAAAAUAGAACAUCUUUCAUAACAAAGUUAAAAAGGGAAUGAAAGUACAAAAAAUGAGGUGGGCAAUUAUGCUUUAGCUCGAGUGAUGAGGGCAGGCUUUUCUGAGGACCUGAUAUCUGAGCUUCGAUUUGAAAAUGAAGCACCAGCCAUACUGGGGGAAGAGCAUUCCAGGCAGAAGUAGUAACAAGAUCCAAGGCCCUGAAGCAAAACUUGGCCUUUGGACUUGGAUCAUGGGUGUAUAUUUUGUUAUAACUUUCUUUUUGGUACUGUAAGAUUGAACCCAGGGCUUCCCACAUGCUAGGCAAAUGUUCUACAUCCCUAGGCCUAUCAUGGAUGUACAUUGGAUGACCGUUUUACACCAAAGAGGUUGUUCAACACUGAAACCUUUUGAAGACUUUAUUACAUGAGAGCUGUCAGUUUGGAGGCUAAACUUUAUCGUAGAUCUAGGCAGAAGCAUCAAGGGUAACCCAGUUUAAUUAGUUUCAAUAAGUAUAGUCCCUUGGAAAUGAUGUAAGGGAAAUACAAUUCCAGAUUUAAUACCAAACUCUCAGAGAAGAAAAUUAAUAAAAUUUGUUAAGAAUACCUGUUUUUUCAUCUCUCAUAGUGGGGAAUAAGUGCUACCUCCAAGGAGAGAAGUUGUAUCAAAUGAUGAAAAUACAGAUUUAGAGAUAACCACUAAGGGAACAACAAUGAAGACUAUACUGUAAAUGUUCCAAA